GCCUUCUUUAGGAGUAGGUUUUGUAACGUUUACUUACCGCAAUGGCACUGCGAAGCGGCCAAAUCGUUGCGGGGUCGCGCGGCUGCGCGACCUCGGCACCUCGCCCAGCCCUCCUUCCACACCAGGCAAUUAACCCCACCACCAGCUAUGCUCCGGUCGCUCGUGUUUCGUCCAGGCCCAGCCGCAGCAAGUGCGUGGCAGCGUCCGCGAAGCUUGCUGACGGAGCUGCCCGUCGCAUGCAGCCUGAGGAGGUUCGUCGCGCGAAGGAGGUAGCUCAAGCAGCGUUGGCGAAGGAGAGCCCCGUUGACUGGGUGGACCGCUACGGUGACGAGCCGCGCAAGGGUUGCGACAUCCUGGUGCAGUGCCUGGAGCGCGAGGGCGUGACCAAGGUGUUUGCGUACCCCGGCGGCGCCUCCAUGGAGAUCCAUCAGGCGCUCACCCGCUCAGACCGCAUCUCCAACAUCCUCUGCCGCCAUGAACAGGGUGAGAUCUUCGCUGCUGAGGGCUACGCCAAGGCUGCUGGCUGUGUGGGCGUGUGCAUCGCCACCUCGGGCCCCGGCGCCACCAACCUGGUGACCGGGCUGGCGGACGCCAUGAUGGACAGCAUCCCGCUGGUGGCCAUCACAGGGCAGGUUCCCCGCCGCAUGAUCGGCACCGACGCCUUCCAGGAGACCCCCAUUGUGGAGAUCACGCGCCCCAUCACCAAGCACAACUUCCUGGUCAUGGACAUCAAGGACCUGCCGCGUGUUGUGAAGGAGGCCUUCUACCUGGCCCGCAGCGGCCGCCCCGGCCCCGUGCUGGUGGACGUGCCCAAGGACAUCCAGCAGCAGCUGGCGGUGCCCGACUGGGAGGCGCCCAUGUCCAUCACGGGCUACAUCAGCCGCCUGCCCCCGCCGGUCGAGGAGUCCCAGAUGGUGCCCGUGCUGCGCGCCAUCCAGGCCGCCUCCAAGCCCGUCAUCUACUACGGCGGCGGCUGCCUGGAUGCGGCGGAGGAGCUGCGCGAGCUGGCGGAGCGCACCGGCAUCCCGCUCACCUCCACCUUCAUGGGCAUCGGCAUCGUGCCGGUGGAGCACCCCAACCACCUGCGCAUGCUGGGUAUGCACGGCACCGUGGUGGCCAACUACGCGGUGGAUCAGGCGGACCUGCUGGUGGCGCUGGGGGUGCGCUUCGACGACCGAGUGACGGGCAAGCUGGAGGCGUUUGCGUCGCGCGCGCGCAUCGUGCACGUUGACAUUGACGCCGCUGAGAUCAGCAAGAACAAGACGGCGCACGUGCCCGUGUGCGGCGACGUCAAGCAGGCGCUGACCCACCUCAACCGCCUGCUCGCAGCGGAGCCCCUGCCCGCAGACCGCUUCGCAGGCUGGCGGGCCGAGCUGGCCGCCACCCGGGAGCAGUACCCCAUGCGCUUCCCGCAGCGGGACGACUGCAUCGUACCGCAGUACGCCGUACAGGUCCUCGGCGAGGAGACUAAAGGCGAGGCCAUCGUCUGCACGGGAGUGGGCCAGCAUCAAAUGUGGGCCGCGCAGUGGUACCCGUACACGGAGCCGCGCCGCUGGAUUUCCUCGGGCGGCCUGGGCUCCAUGGGCUUUGGACUGCCCGCGGCGCUGGGCGCGGCGGCGGCCUUUGACGGCAAGGACGGGCGGGAAAAGCGGCUGGUGGUGGACAUUGAUGGAGACGGGUCGUUCCUCAUGAACGUGCAGGAGCUGGCUACCGUAUUCAUUGAGAAGCUGGACGUGAAGGUGCUGCUGCUGAACAACCAGCACCUGGGCAUGGUGAUGCAGUGGGAGGACAGGUUCUACAAGGCUAACCGCGCACACACCUACCUGGGCAAGCGCGAGUCCGAGUGGCACGCCACGCACGACGAGGCCGACAUCUACCCCAACUUUGUGGACAUGGCGCGCUCCUUUGGCGUGCAGGCGGCGCGCGUGAUCCGCAAGGACGAGCUGCGGGCCGCCAUGCGCACCAUGCUGGACACGCCGGGGCCGUACCUUCUGGAGGUGAUGGUGCCGCACAUUGAGCACGUGCUGCCCAUGAUUCCCGGCGGGGCCUCCUUCAAGGAGAUCAUCACGGAGGGAGACGGCACCGUCAAGUAUUGAGGAGGCCCGGGCUGCAGGCCGGGGACUGCUGGCGUGUUGGGGACGUGGAGGAGUUGGGGACGUGAUGCUGGGUGUGCUUUGGAGCAGGCGUUGGGCGGAGGGAUGGGCUGUGUAGGGUGUGGCGUGUGAUGCCAGGGCGGCGCUUUUGCGAGUGAAUGGUGGUGGUGGAUCCGUUAACCGUGUAUGGCUGCGAUCACUGCUUGUGAUAUAGCGGGAAGGAGUUACCGGUACGAAGGGCUCGCUUUUGCUUGUUGGGAUGUGUGUUGUGGCCUCGACUUGAGGAGGGGGUGAAGGUUUGGCGUUGGGGGGUUGGAGAAUCGGGUCCGGGGGCCGAGUCGCGGGGAGGGUUUUGCUUUGCGACGUGCUGAUGGGCAUUGAGGUUUGAUGCCUGUAAUAAUGCGGUAUUAAUAAGCGACAAACUUGUCUAGUAUUGCGGCAUGAAUAUGUCGUACAACAUAAAUUAGGCGCUGUAACCUUGAGAAGAGCAUGCGUGUCAACCUGUCAAGGCUCAA